AUGAAAAAUAAUGAGGAAAACACUGCCCUACACGAGGCCUUGAUUGGAGGUCACCAAUCAGCAGCCAAGCGUUUGAUAGAGGCCGAUCCUGCCGUUUCACUGUAUACUAAUAAGGAACAAAAGUCCGCUUUGUAUCUGGCCGCUGAACAAGGAUUUGUUGAGAUCCUGAAGAUCAUGAAUGAAAGAGCAGUUGACAAGAACACACAAAUUCAAGGCAAUUCCCCUUUGCUUGCUGCAAUUCAUGGAUGCCAUAAUAAAGAAGUCCUAAAGAUAAUAUCAAACAUGGAAGCAAAUAUUUUGAACUCAAAAGAUGAGAAAGGGAGGACUCCACUGCAUUGUGCAGCAUCAAUUGAUUAUCUACAUGGGGUUCGUUUCUUAUUAGAAUUACGCCUCUCUGAUUCUCAUCAAAUGGAUCAUGGUGGCAACUUUCCAAUCCAUUCAGCAUCAAGCAAAGGUCAUGUCAAGAUUGUUAAAGAGCUGCUUCGACAUUGUCCCGAUUCAAGGGAAUUGAAGAACUCAAGUGGCCAAAAUAUACUCCAUGUUGCAGCAAGAUUUGGCAAAGACAAUCUUGUCAAAUAUUUUCUCAAAAACGGCGAGUUUCGAAUGUUGAUAAACAAAAAAGACAACUUAGGAAAUACUCCUUUGCACUUGGCAACGGUGUACCAUCAUCACAAGGUUGUGUACCUUUUGACUUGGGAUAGAAGGACCAACUUAAAGGUCGUGAAUGGUAGGGGCAUGACAGCUCUUGACAUUUCAGAAAGCACUUUGGAAACCACUGCAUCAUCUCAUGGGUGUGUUAGGUACAAGUCCGCAUUUAGCAGUCCUGACGAUACCUGCUGUAAAAGCAGCUCAGAGCAAAACCCAAGAGACCCGAGCAGCCUUAAACCUGAACUUGAUCAAAUUUUGCUUGAGCCUGGUAUGGAAAGAAAAAGCAACAAGCUUGAUCGCCAAUCACUAGCAUCGAGAACUACUGCCGCUCCUGCUGGUAAGAUUUGGUACAAAACAGUAGCAACAGCUCGCUGUCUGAUAAAUGCACUGGUAAAUUGCUUGGAAUACCCCAAAACUUGGGUGGAAGCAACACGUGACAUGCUGAUGGUUGUGGCAACCAUGAUAUCAACUGCAACUUUCCAAGCUGUAAUUAACCCACCCGGUGGUGUUUGGGGAGAGGAUAAAACAAAUGGAACUAUUCCUUAUUGCACCGGUGAUAACAGAUGCUUAGCUGGAACUGCAGUGGCAGGCAACCACCUCCCAGAAGAGUUCAUCAUGUUCGUAAGAUUGAAUACCAUCUCGUUUCUUGCUUCUCUCAGUGUCACCCUGUUGCUUGUUGGAGGAUUUCCGCUCCAGAAUCGUCUAAUUAUGUGGCUUUUAUCAAUGGCCAUGUGUAUCACUCUCUCUUCUAUGACAUUUACCUAUAUGCAGGCUCUAGCUAUUGCUUGGGGUUCAUUGCUUCUGUGCAUCGCUUUAAUCCACACCAUUCGUCUUGUCAUUUGGUUGGCGAGGAAGUUUUGGCGCAGGUUCAAGCAUGAUAUCCCAAAAAGCCUCAGGAGCGCUGUUGAUAGUUUGACUGCACCUGCACGUCACCGUACCAACAAAUUCUGA